GAAAACUCCUAUUCGCAGCAUCCAGUUGUAAAAGCCGACAGUUGGCCAAUAUUUAAACGCGUAUUGAACAACUCAAAGGACAUUUUGUGAUUUUAUUUUAGCGGCGGAAGGGUACGCGUGUGUCUGACGAUGUCCGGAGAAAUUUCUAUGAUCGGUUCCGUCAUCCUGGCCCUGUUCCUGGCCGGAUACCUGGGCCAGCAGUACCUGCCGCCCCCCAAACCCAAAGUGAUCGGCCUGGAUCUGGGCACCACGUUCUGCUCCGUCGGGGUCUUCCAUCCGGGCAGCGGGGAGGUGGAGGUGAUCGCGGACGAGGAGGGCAGGAGGAGCAUCCCCUCCGCCGUCUCCUUCACCGCCACCGCGGUGCUGGCCGGACAUGAAGCCCUGGAGCUGGCCGACGACAACCCGCAGAACACCGUCUACGACGCCAAGAGGUUCAUCGGGAAAAUAUUUGAGCCGGGGGUCCUGGAGCAGGAGAGCGCCCGGUACCCGUUUAAGGUGAUCAACAAUAAUGGGAGCGCAGAGUUUCUGCUCUCCACCAACCACACCUUCACCGUGAGCCCAGAGUUCAUCGGCUCCAGGCUGCUGCUGAAGAUGAGGAAGAUGGCCGAGCGGCAUCUCGACGCGCGCAUCCAGAAGGCCGUCAUCUCGGUGCCCGCGGAGUUCGACGAGAGACAGAGGAACUUCACCGUCAGGGCCGCCAACCUCGCCGGCCUGGAGAUCCUGCGUGUGAUCAAUGAGCCCACGGCGGCAGCCAUGGCCUACGGCCUGCACAAGGUGGACGUGUUCAACGUUCUGGUGAUCGACCUCGGGGGAGGGACCCUGGAUGUUUCUCUGCUCAACAAACAGGGAGGCAUGUUCUUCACCAGAGCCAUGGCAGGGAAUAACAAGCUGGGGGGUCAGGACUUCAGCCAGAGGCUGCUGCAGUACACCAUCGAGCGAGCGCGUCAGGAGUUCGGCGUCCCGCCCGCUCUCAAAGAGGACAUCCACCGUCUCCGACAGGCUGUGGAGGCCGCCAAGCUCAACCUCACCCUGCAACCCAGCGCCGCCGUCAGUGUGGCGCUGCGCCUGCGCGGCCCCGACGGCUCUGAGGCCGCCGCUCCGGUUCCCUUCCGGGCCGUGAUCACCCGCGAGCUGUUCGAGGAGCUCAACGAGGACCUUUUCCAGAAGAUCCUGGCUCCCGUGGAGACGGUGUUGGCCGAGGGCGGCCUGGAGAAAGUGGACGUGGACGAGAUCGUUCUGGUCGGAGGGUCCACCAGGAUCCCGCGGAUCAGGAGGCUGAUCAGCGAGUACUUCGGGAAGGACCCGAACACGUCGGUGGACCCGGACCUGGCUGUGGUCACCGGUGUGGCCUUACAGGCCGGCAUCAUGGGCGGCUCCUGGCCUCUUCAAGUGAGCGCUAUAGAAAUCCCCAACAGACACCUGCUCAAGAGAAACUUCAGCUGAUCUUUAGAAAGAUUGUUCUAUUCUUUUACUCCUGUCUGUUGCCAACAAAAGACACGGUGACCUUUUGAAUGAAGAAACGACUUUGAACAGUUAACUUUUCCUUUUCACGGCGGCAGAACAAUAUGUGAUCCCGUUUUAAAACUCCAGCAUUCCUCUCGGAUGGGUAACGGCUGCUGAAGGGAACAGUUCCGUUUGCGCUUCUAACGUCCAAGCUGCUUUAGUGCUUUAGGUUUUUUGUUUAAAAAAAACACAGCUGCCUAUUGAAGAAAUGUGAAAUGAAGCCUGUCACUGCAGUGAAGAUGCUCAUUCGUGGUAAAAACGUUAAUGCUGCUCUCGGCCUAUUGAGGGAACAGAAUUUCAGAAUAGCCAGUACGUCUUCAGCGGUUUUAUUUAUUUAUUUAAUCCCAUUGUCGCCGUGUGUUCUGACAUCCUUCCAUCAAAGGUGGAUGUACAGCGUCGCACCGGUAAGCUGAUGUAUUUAGCUUGAAUCAAAGCGUUUCUCAGCCAGCGCAUAAAGACAUUCCAGACAUUCCCUGCGUAGGUCAUAAAAGAAAUGAAAAGUAUUGUGUGGAAAGCCUUCAUGUUCUCACAGUACUGCCUUCCAUCUUCCCAGAAAUCCAGACUGGAUUAAGCUGCACUUUGAGGACUGUGUGCAAUAAUGUGCUUUUAUUUAGAUGGAAGUCAGUUAUAUAUUUGUGCUUACUGGUGCCUUGUUAUUGGAUAUCAAAAAUGUGUUCGCCACAUUUAAUUAUAAUAUCAGGGUGCAUUGAAUAUUUAUAACAUCUGCUCUUAUUUUGGUAAAGUGGUUGUUGUAUAAAAGUUGAUCUCCAUUUCGCUUUAAAAAAAAAACUAGUCAAAUAUAAUUUUUUUUCAUCAAAGAACUCGUCAUCUACCUUCAACUUCCUGUCUUAUUUCUUGGGAAAACAAGUGAGUCCACGUUACCCAUCGAUAAGAGGCGGCAAUGGGUUGAUUGUUAUUUAAGACCAUGAAACCAAAACACUAUUUAAUAGAAGAAUUUAUUUAUUUCUGAGGCACAAUCCCCAAAUAAAAACAAAGCGAUA